AUGGCAGAAUUACUUGAGAAUGGUACUUGGAUUUUAGUACCAAAUGAUCCAAGUUACAAUGUACUUGGAAAUAAAUGGUUUUACAAGAUUAAAUUGAGAGCAGAUGGAACUGUAGAAAGAUUUACUAAAGGUACAAGGUUAUCCAUCUCUACUAGUGUUGUUUUAUCAGAUGCUACUGAGUAUAGAAGUAUGGUGGAAGCUCUGCAAUAUGUCACAAUGACAUGGCCUGAUAUGUGUUUCAGUGUGAAUUAUGUUGCACAGUUCAUGCAGUCUCCAACUAAUGAACAUUUAUUACUAGUAAAGAGGAUUCUUAGGUACUUGAAGGGUACUCUUGGAACUGGAAUUUUACUAUCAACUGGUGACAUUCACUUUAUCUCUGCAUAUUCAGACUCAGAAUGGCAGGUUGUUGAGACACAAGAAGGUCUACCUCUGGUCAGCUAUAUUUCUUCCACAAAUCAGCUUGCUGACUUGUUUACAAAAGGUUUAGUUCAUUGUGUAUUUCAAUAUCUGACAGACAAGAUGCUAUGGUUGCAUCAGUAUCAGCUUGAAGGGGAAUGCUCGGUAGAUUCAGGAAUCGAAGUUUAUCAGAAGGCUUUGAAGGUUCCACCAGACUCUAAAGUGCUUAGGUAUGCCUAUGCAAAAUUGGAGGAAUCUCAAGGGGAAAUUAGCCUUCUAAGAGAAUAUAUGAGGGCAAUUUGGGGGUUUGGGGUUAAUGCAAGUGCACUAGCACACAUAUCAUGA